AGUUGUCAGUUGAGUUUCUGUGUGGUACACAGCAGAUGAACAGCCAUGUCUUCCAUGCUUUACGUGAUAGUCCUUGUCCUUUGUCUAGCAACUUCAUUCUCUAGUUCAACAGAAUAUUGUGUCGUUAUCACUGAAUCUGUUCAAGAGCAUCAAAAUUGUCACAACUUAAGUUACUAUGCUGAAAACUCUCAGCUGCUGUCAAAUCAACAUCGUGUGGAGUUACAGUUUGUAAAUAUUGGUCAAUACGAACUGCACACAGAUCUGGUAAUAGAAAAUGUGACAUAUGUUUCCAUUGUAGGAAAAAUAUCAACUCGGGUAAGUUUGUUAUUUGGUGCUACAUUUUGGCUCUGUUCUUUUGUUGAGGUAGUGAAUAUCUCUCUUAGUGGUGGUAGGCCACAAAAUAUUUUAGAUAUCCCCACUUCCUAUUUUAAAAUGGUAGGGAAUCACAUAAUCUUGUAUCAAGUGACAUUGCAUUUCUUUGAGGUAGAAAUAGAUGCUAUUACAAUUAUUGCUUUGGAUAGCUCGGUUUCAUAUUGCAAAAAUUUCAGCGUAUGUGGAAAUUGUAGAUCAGAGGCAGCACAUGCUAAUGAGGUGUCUGUGACAGUGUUUAACUCGACAUUUGAUAAUGCUCUUCUCACUUGUGACAGCGUGUGUUUACAUAGGAGCAAUUUUUCGCUUUAUGUGGAGAACUGUACUUUACAAAACUAUAAUAUAUGCUAUCAUGUGAUGGAUGGUAUGGUAGAUUUUUGUACGUACGAGGAAGAUAAGCUUGAAAUUCAACCCCUAAUUCAGGUUUUUGUUGGUACAUCACUUCAUAUGAGGAUAGUAUUGAAAGAAGUAAUAACAUUGGGAGGAAUAAAUAUAGAAGUGAUGGAAAAUGAUAACAACAUAUCAGUAGAGAUUGAAAACAGUGAAAUGGCAUCCAGCUCUGAUGACAAAGCAAUUUUUUCUCUGCACGUGUAUCUUCUUGCAUGUAACAAUGUCUUAACGAUCGAUAUCAUUAACGUUAGUUUCGUACAGGAUACUGAAAAUUAUCCAGCUACAUGUAUAAAAACUGAUAAUGUAGUGUCAUACCCAUCUACCAAUAUAAAUUCCUGUGUUACAUCUUUUCCAUUUUUGAUUACUUUUUUCAUUAUGAACACUAAAAUUGAUACUGAAACCGGUAUUGACAUUCGAAUAUAUAAGUUUUCUUGGAUUUCGUUCAACUUGACAGUAAUCGGAUCAACUUUUUCAUCAUUUUCCCAAGCAUUAUAUGCUGAACGCAUUGAUACUUCCCCCCAGCUGGACUUCGAUCGGUAUGCUAAGAUAUUUCUUUACUUACAUAAUUCAACUUUCGGUAAUAAUGAUACUGAUAGAUCUGUUCAGGCUGUACCACAAAUGCAAAUUAUUAACACAGAAUAUUUUCUCCUUGACAAUUGCUACAUUCAAAACUGUAAAAAUUCAGCAGUUGCAGCCUAUUCCAGUGAUGUAACUUUGUCUGGAAAUACUACUUUCUCAAACAAUCGAGGUGAAAGAGGUGCUGCGCUAUCAUUAUAUCACUCCUUUAUGAUAAUCAAUUAUGAUGCUAGAGUAGUGUUUCAAGAUAACCAUGCAGAUGAUGUAGGAGGAGCAAUAUUUGUUUAUGAUGCUAGGCGCAGUGGUCUGCAAGGUAUUUGGUGUUUCUUCCAACCUGGUGAUUUUAAUGUCGAAGAGGGUGCAUUUCCAAAAGUGUAUUUUGUUAGAAACACAGCAAAAAGAGGAGGAAAUGAUAUUUUCGGCUCAAAGUUUUUAAGCGGUUGCAAGUUAUGGAUUCACAAAACAGACUACAUUGAUAAGGUAUUUGUCUUCGAUAAUUCAACAUCAAAUAUAAUGUCUUCUGUAUCGUCUAACCCCCAACGAGUGUGUGUAUGUAAUAAACUGGGUGUCCCACAGUGUCAAAAUAAAGAUACUGUACGUCGUUUACUACCCCGCUAUUAUCCCGGAGAAUUAUUUACAGUACCGGUAAUAGUUGCCGGGUACGACAAUGGCGCUGUGCCUGGGGCAGUCUAUGCUAACCCUUGUGAUAAGGAUGAGGUUGAAGGAUCUCUGAGAGAUGAUCAGUACAUCCAAGAAGUGAGAGAUCACACUACAUGCUUUUUGCUCUCACUUGCAAUUUUGACCAACUACACCCACAAAUCUCAUGAUAUCAUGCUAAAUGUACACAGAAUUGGAUGCAAGUGGAGUGAUCCUUACUGGGCUCCUCCGAGUGAUACUGUUGUUAUAUCUUUUUUUGUAGAAGACUGCCCACCCGGAUUCAUGCUUACCACCACUCCUCCAUACACCUGUACUUGUCACUACAGUCUAGUGGAAAAGGGUAUUGAGACCUGUGUGAUAAUAGACCACACAGGAUGGGUUUUUCGUAGUGGAACGGUCUGGGUUAGCUCUGCAUUUGGAGACGACCUAAACAGUUUGGUUGUGCAUCCUUUCUGCCCAUAUGACUACUGUCUGGUUGACAACGUAUCUGUGAAUGCUUUGAUUCCUGAUAUACAAUGUGCCUUUAAUCGUUCUGGAGUGCUUUGUGGUGGUUGCUAUGGCAAUAACAGCCUUGUAUUAGGCUCUUCUAGGUGUUUACCGUGUGGCAACAGCCAUAUUCCUCUCUUUUUCGUGUUUGUCAUAGCCGGUGUUGUUUUAGUAGUCUUCAUUAAGUUGCUGGACUUUACUGUUACACAAGGUACACUUAAUGGAAUGAUAUUCUAUGCAAACGUUCUCUGGGCCAAUAAGAGUAUCUUCUUUCCUUCUAAGGAAAUCCUUCACCCAGUUCAGCACAUCCUGCAAGUUUUCAUAGCCUGGCUAAAUCUUGAUGUUGGAAUAGAAACUUGCUUUUUCAAUGGUCUCAAUGGAUACUGGAAAACAUGGCUGCAAUUUUUGUUUCCACUCUAUGUCUGGUCUAUUGCUGGGGUGAUGACAAUCACUGCUCGAUACUUUACUCGAGCUGGCAAACUUCUUGGCAACAAUUCUGUCCCUGUGCUGGCCACACUUAUUUUGCUAUCAUACACAAAGCUGUUGCGCACAAUAAUCACUUGCAUUGGAUUUUCGGUACUUGAGUAUCCAAGUGGUCCAAGACCAGUUUGGUUGUUUGACGGUAACGUUCCUUUCUUCAGUGCUGCACAUGCAAUCCUUUUUCUUACAGGGUUGGCUAUUCUUUUGUUUCUCUGGCUGCCGUACACAUUUGUUCUGUUCUCUAUUCAGUGGCUGAGGAGGAAGUCAAACUUGAAACCUCUGCGCUGGAUCAACAGAUGGAAACCAUUUUUUGAUGCCUACCUUGGCCAGCUCAAACCAAAAUAUCACUACUGGGUGGGUUUACUAUUGCUUGUUCGUGUGUUUUUACUAGUACUCUUUGCAGUUACAUCAGCUGUCAUUCCUAGAAUCAACAUACUGGCCAUCCUUGUUGUUACCACUUGUCUUUUUAUCUACUUGGCCAUUUUUGGAAUGAUGUAUAAAUCAUUUUGUACUUCCCUGCUAGAGUGCUCCUUUAUUGCUAAUCUUUUAAUGCUUGCGGCUGUCAUGCCAUACACCAUUGAUAGUGCAACAGCCAAUAAUGUAGUCGUCUAUACAUCGAUUUCGAUUGUGUUUUUUCAGUUCUGGUGUCUUGUGAUUUUUCACACAUAUAAAAGGAUUAAGUCUAGUUUAGAAACAAACAAACGUCGAAACAGAAGUAUCAAUAGCACCAGUAACAUUUCACUUGUUACUCAACAAGCUUCAGUCCAGUACAGAGAGCCACUAUUAGAAGACACUUAGUAAUACAUCGAGUGACAAAAGUCAACAACAAUUCAAUUACCCUCAUAACGAUAAGAGUGACAUAAUUAUUAUACUGAAUGUGCAUAGAAUUGUAGCGAUAAUAGGUGUUCAAUGAUACUAAUGUGAUUGUAUUUCAUGAUCAGUAUCUUUUGCGGCCGCAGUUUUGAACAAAUAACUAUGGUGUAUACGUAUGUACAGAACUUAAUUA